AUGCACUGCCGGCACAGAGAUGGAGGCCGUAACACUAACCAAAUGAAUGACCAAGCCCUCCACCGCCGCCUGCUCCUCUGGACCUGCCCGCAGGAAUGCGACUACACCUGCCAGCACAUCAUCACGGCGCAGCGGCAGGCGGCCGACCCGCCGCGGCCCGUGGUGCAGUUCCACGGGAAAUGGCCGUUCCGGCGCGUUUUGGGCAUGCAGGAGCCGCUCAGCGUGCUCUUCUCGCUGGGGAACCUCGGCGCGCACUACUACGGGCUCCACGCGUGCGUGCUGCCACACAUCCCCGCCCGGUACUCGCUGCGGCCCUUUUACGUCUUCCUCGCCCGCCUGGGCAUGGCGACGUGGCUGUUCAGCGCCGUUUUUCACACGCGCGACUUCCCCCUGACGGAGCAGCUCGACUACUUCGCCGCGGGCGCCUCGGUGCUCUAUGGGUUGUACUACACUGUUGUGCGUGUUUUUCGGCUUGAUCUCCGGGAUGGUGGUGGUGGUGGUGGUGGUCUCUGUGUUGCCCUGUAUCUUGCCCAUGUUGCCUACCUGAAGCUCUGGCGCUGGGACUACACGUACAACAUGGCGGCCAACGUGGCUUGCGGGGCCGUGUCGAACGUGCUCUGGACUUGGUUUAGUUGGGACCGGUACCGCAAGAGCAGGCGGGCGUGGGCCAUCUGGCCCGGCAUUGUGGUCGCCUGGGUGCUGGUGGCUAUGAGUAUGGAGCUGUUGGACUUUGCGCCCAUCUGGAGCAGUGUGGAUGCCCAUAGUCUGUGGCAUUUGGGGACCAUUGCACCGACCGUGUUGUGGUAUAACUUCCUUGUCAAGGACGCCUUGGACGAUAUCGCUGCUAGUGAACGACUCAAAGCAUGA